UACACAAAUAUGCAGAAACUUGAAGCCGGCUCAGUAACAAACUAAAGCUCCAUUCGUCGUCACACUGUUGAUGAGCGAAGUCGCGCGUUCUAAUAAGUCUCCUCCAAUCGCAAACGAAGCAAUGAAUCAAAAAAAAUGCUACUGCGGUCCGGGCUAUGCAACACCGAUGGAUGCUGUCCGCGAUGGACCACACGAGAAACUGCUCUACGUGGUUACUGUGCAACCUAAUUUAGAAGAGCCCCACGGUGAUUAUUUGUCGACAGUGGAUGUGGAUCCCGCGAGUCCCACUUAUUGUAAGGUGAUUCACCGUACCUUUACCAACAGUACGCGUAAUGAGAUGCACCACAGCGGGUGGAAUACAUGCUCGAGUUGUCACUUCAUCGAAGAUGAAACGAAAGUUCCGCGGCGCGAUCGCCUUAUUCUGCCGUGUCUUAACUCGGAUCGUAUCUUUAUUGUCGAUGUCGGGAGCAACCCUCGAGCUCCAGAGCUUGUGAAAACUAUUGAUGGUGAUGUGCUGAAAAAAGCAAAUGUCACAGCUCCACAUACGACUCACUGCUUACCAAAUGGUAACAUCAUGAUUUCCAUUAUGGGCGAUUCGGAAGGAAACGCUAAAGGAGAUUUCAUAGAAUUUGAUACAAAUUUCGAAUUUGUUGGAACCUGGACUAAAGGGGAAAAGAGUGCCAUGUGCGGAUAUGACUAUUGGUACCAACCGUACUUCAAUGUUAUGGUUGCUUCAGAAUGGGGUGCUCCGAAACUGUUCCGUCGCGGUUAUGAAGAUUCGGAUGCCGAAGACCCGAUCCAGUAUGGUCGUCGACUGAAUUUUUAUAAAUGGAAUGAGAGAGAAUUAUUUCAAACAAUUGAUUUAGGGGUGGAAGGAACCUGUCCUCUGGAAAUCAGAUUUCUUCACGAUCCUAAAGAAAACCAAGGAUAUGUUGGAUGUGCUUUGUACUCGAAAGUGUUCAGAUUUUAUAAAGAUGAGAACUCUGAUAAAUAUCUCGCAGAGAAAGUGAUUGAUGUUCCAGCGAAAAAAAUUGAAACCAACGGAGCCGUAGAUCUGAUCAAUGGGAUGAUGACAGAUAUUCUCAUCUCAUUGGACGAUCGAUUCUUAUACUUCAGUAACUGGCGACAUGGUGAUGUUCGUCAAUAUGAUAUAACUGAUCGGACCAAACCACGUUUGACCGGACAAGUUUGGCUGGGUGGAGCUAUCCUUAGCGACUCGAAAGUGAAUGUUAUUGAAGACCAGGAAUUGGACCACCAACCAGAUCCAGUAUUUGUUAAGAAUCGUCGUCUCUAUGGUGGACCCCAAAUGUUGCAGCUAUCCUUGGACGGAAAACGUCUCUACGUGUCUUCCAGUCUGUUCUCCCCAUGGGACAAACAGUUUUAUCCUGAGAUGGUGAAAGCAGGUGGUACAAUCGUACAGAUUGACAUUGAUACGACUAACGGAGGAAUGAAAUUGAACGACAAUUUUCUGGUCGAUUUCGGUGCUGAACCGUACGGUCCAACGCUACCACAUGAAAUGAGAUACCCUGGCGGUGAUUGUACUUCCGAUAUCUGGAUUGUUAAAGAGUAAACAUAUAUGAAACUGACGACCAGGAUUACUUUAUCGACAUUGAAUAAAAAAAACUAUGAUUCAUAUUCUGA